AUGAUCUUCUCGCAAAAAUCGGCCGUACUGGCCGCUCUCGCUGGGACGGCCGUUGCCCAGCUCUCGCUGUCGCCCUCCACCCUGACCGAUGCAGCCACAGGCAUCAACUUCUCGACGUGGGCGACGCCGGGCGCGGAUGGCGCCGGCGCGUUCAGCUUUGGCUUUGUCCUGCCCGAGGAUGCGCUGCAAAAGGACGCCACCGAAUACAUUGGCCGGCUGCAGUGCCAGACGACCAACGCCACGGCGACGGGCUGGUGCGGGAUUGCGCACGGCGGCCACAUGCCGUCCGACCUGCUGCUGAUGGCCUGGCCGUACCAGAACCACGUUUUCACGUCGUUCCGGUGCGUCGACGACUACUUCUUGCCGGGCCAGUUUGGCGGCGACAACGGCACCAACGGCACGUCGGCGGCGUUCCCUGCGCCCGAGCUGACGGUCCUCCACACAGCCGUCAACGCGACGAGCUUCGAAGUCGUCUACCGGUGCCAAAACUGCUGGGCGUGGCAGCAGGGCACGUACAACGAGACGGUGCAUACCGCGCUCCAGCCCGGCAACGCCGAGAGCGUCCUCGUCCUGGGCUACGCGCAGGCGACCAAGGGCCCCACGAACCCGGCGUGCACGGGCAACGGCCUCAACUUUGGCUUCCACGACAACGGGUAUGCGCAGUGGGGCGCGCCGGUGAGCAAUGCGACGCGGCCGGCGGCCACAUACGCGGCGUGGACGAAGCUGGCAACGCAGGCGCCCAAUGCCGGGGCGAACUCGACGGCCUCCAGCUGCCAGGCCAAGACGAGAAGAUGGGCUGUCUGA